CGGUCUUGUUUGGCCCUGACGGCUCGCUGUCCAAGUGCUCUGCAGGUUGCUAUAGAGACCGGCGAGCGCUGGGCCUGCAAACUCCGGAGAGGCGAGCAGCGGCGCCCCGGUGGGCUCUUGAGGACCUAAGCACCAUGUCUUUUCGCGACCUCCGCAAUUUCACAGAGAUGAUGAGAGCCUUGGGAUACCCACGACAUAUUUCUAUGGAGAAUUUCCGCUCACCCAACUUUGGGCUCGUCUCUGAAGUGCUUCUGUGGCUUGUGAAAAGAUAUGAGCCGCAGACUGACAUCCCUUCUGACAUUGAGACCGAACAAGACCGAGUUUUCUUCAUUAAGGCAAUUGCCCAGUUCAUGUGUGAUGAUCUUGGCCCUAAGAUUGCAGAUUUGAAAGCAGCCAGACAGCUUGCUUCCGAAAUCACUGCCAAAGGAGCAUCUCUGUAUGACUUGCUGGGCAAAGAGGUUGAGCUGAGGGAACUGAGAACAGAAGCCAUUGCUAGACCUCUAGAAAUAAAUGAGACUGAAAAAGUGAUGAGAAUUGCAAUAAAAGAUAUCCUGGCACAGGUGCAGAAGACUAAAGACCUGCUCAAUAAUGUGGCCUCUGACGAAGCUAACUUAGAAGCCAAAAUUGAAAAGAGGAAAUUAGAACUGGAAAGAAAUCGGAAGCGACUGCAGACCCUACAGAGUGUCAGGCCAGCCUUUAUGGAUGAGUAUGAGAAGAUUGAGGAAGAAUUGCAAAAGCAAUAUGACAUUUAUCUAGAGAAAUUUCGGAACUUGGCUUACCUGGAACAGCAACUUGAGGACCAUCACAGGAUGGAGCAGGAGAGGUUUGAAGAAGCGGAAAACACUCUCCGUCUAAUGCAGAAUAAGCUGAAGGAGGAGGAGAAGCGGCUGCUCAAGAGUGGAAGUAAUGAUGACUCAGACAUAGACAUCCAAGAGGACGAUGAAUCGGAUAGUGAGCUGGAGGAGAGACGGCUGUCUAAGCCUCGCACGGCCAUGGAGGUGCUCAUGCAAGGAAGGCCCAGCAAACGCAUCGUGGGCACAAUGCAAGGUGGAGACUCCGACGAAGAUGAAGACUCAGAGGACAGUGAAAUCGACAUGGAGGACGACGAAGAAGACGACGACGAUUUGGAGGAUGAGAGCAUUGCUCUCUCGCCAGCCAAGCCCAGUCGAAGGGUCCGGAAACCCGAGCCCCUGGAUGAGAGUGACAAUGACUUCUGACCUCCUUGCCAAGGGACCCAGGCAGAUUAAGAGCCUCAGAUUUAUAGGUAAACAGGGAAUCAGCAGGCUGGAAAGGUAACAUGUGUUUUAUUCACUACACCAUCUGGGCUUAACCGUUACUGAAACAAACCCCAGCAAAGAUAUUCUUUUGUCUUAUUUCCCAACACUUGGGAAAUACAUGUGUUCUAAGUAAUUCAAAUCCACAAGAAAAGCCUUGAGAAGAGAACUGACACCAUGUAAGUCUUGGCUGCUGUUAUGAUUAAAUUUUCCUUGAAGUUCAAGCCAUG